AUGGAGUUGGAUGUUUCACCAAUGGAAUCGCAUAAUAACGAUAUGGAAUAUUCAGACAACUCAUCUGAAGGAAAAUAUUUGACAUGUAAUAACAACGAUCAGUACACGGUAAUUCGGAUUCCGCAAGAUGGUGAAAAAUCAAAUAAGCACUCCUCAAGAAAACAAUCAAAACGUAGGAAAAAGAGUUCAAACCAUUCUAGACCUCUGCCCAGAAUAAUAGUAAAACCUUUACCUCCUCCUCCACCACCUGAAAAUCGAGAAUGGACUGCAGCUACAUCUUGUUCAGACAUAAAUUCCAUGUCUAAUAAUAGACCAUCUACUAUGAGAGAAGUAUUAGCUAGUAUACCAGGGUUUUGUAUUAAGCCUAGAAAGAGGAGUGGUAAAAAGCUAUCGACUGCAGCUCAGUUACAGCAAACUAGAGAAGGCUGUAUAGAUUUAGAAACACCUGAUUCCAUAUUAGUUAAUACAAAUAUAAGGGCACUUUUAAAUAAACACACAUUUUCUUUACUUCCUCCAUUAUAUCAGUAUAAAUUGGGGCAGCUUCUGCCAAAUGUGGAUAGACCGAGUACGUCAGGUCGCUUAAGUUCAUCUAGUCUGAAUAAUGAAUUUUUUGCUCGUGCCUGUUUGGAAUGGCAGGAAUCACUUUCAGGUGGAGAAUUUACACCAGAAAAUCAACAAAAAAUGAAAUCGGAAGCAGAAAAGGAAAAAAGUAAAAUUGAUCCAUGGAAAUUAAAACAUUUUGAACCAUUUUGGGGUGAAAAGUCACAAAGAGAAAAGUCAUCUAUGUCUUUAAAUUCUGAAAGGCCCUCAUUAAAAACUACUAUAAAAUUAAGACCAACAGCAUCAAUUACAAGUAGCAGUACUGUUCCUAAAAUUAAGAAAAGUAAAUCAUCAAGUUCAAGUAAAAGAUUGCGUUCUGUGGGAGCAGUUACUCGCUCUUCUGCAAAAGAAGCAGAAGAAGCUGAAGAUGAUUCUAUUUCUGGUAGCAGUAAAUCAUCUGCUCCAGUUCCUGGAUUGCUACCGCUUAAACAUGUUAAGAGCCAAGGUUAUGUGGAAUGUCAGAUGGAUUUCAGUUUUUCUGAUUCAUCUUCAGUGACUAGAAUAGAGGAAUCUGUAUCCACUACACCAGUUGAUCCUUUAUUAUUACCAGAUGCAGAAUCUGCAGCUGAAAUAAAACAAGAUCUAGAUAUGAGUGUUGUAAAAAUUGAAGAAUCUAGUGCAUCUAAAGACUGUGAUGAAGAUAAAACAACAGACUCGGAAAGUAAUAUACCUGAAACAACAAAGAGGUUAAGUAAUGAUGUUGAUGAGUAUAGAUUUUCAAAAAGACUAAGGUAUGAAGAUGAUUAUGCUGUAGACAAUACAAAUUUUAUUAACAUGAAAAAUAGUUCAGAAAGUAACAAUGUGUCACGUGGAGAUUCUGCUUACAAUAAUGAAUCAAUAUGUCAAAAUGCCGAACUUCAUUUAUAUUCAGGUCAAGAUCAUGUUGAUACGAAUAGUGAAGAUAGUAAAGCUACUGCCUCUGUUUAUGAAUAUGAUGAGCAUAGUGUAUCUUCAAUUUCUAGCUUAAAAAUAGAAAACCAUUUAAAUAAUGUCUCCCUUGUGGCAGAAAGUGAUAAUGUUGUUAAUGAAUUUGAAGAUACUGAAUCCCAGAAGAUGCCAAUUACUCCUGCAAUUAAGGAGGAAGAAGGUAAAGAAUCUCCAGUUCAUGAUAAUCAAGAGGACUCUGUUCCAGUAUUACAAGAUUCAACGGAAUCUUAUAGUGUCAGAGCUGAUGAACAUAGUGGAAAAUCUCCAUCACAUGAAGAAAAGGAACUUACAUAUGAGAAAAUGGAAGUAUUAGAAGAAUUAAACUACUCCACAAAACCACUUGCUGUACAUACAGAGAUCAAAAAUGAUAUAACUAUUGAAGAGAAACCUGACCCAAAAAUUAAGGAGACUGACAGUAUUGUUCCUAACUAUUACGAUGAACAUUUCAAAGAUGCUGAAUCUUUUAUUUUAGAGACAAGUGGAUUGCCUAUGUUGCCAUCUCAAACUGAAGAUGCCAAGUAUGCUACAUCCCAAACAAAUUUGAUGGAGCUUACUUCGUAUAUGAGUGAAACAAAUGUAACUGCUGUUGUAACAAUGCCAAUGUCACAGAAUACUUCUAUCCCAAUGAUGGAAGUCACAAAUACGUCUGUUGUGUCAUAUCCUGAUGAUCACUUGCAAGAACCAGCAAAACCUAAAAAUUCUGCAGUGUCAUGGAAAAAUGAAAAUGAUUGGGUACAGAAUGACAAUGUUAUAACAAUACAAAAUUUUUCAAAUAUAAACACGACUGAUAGUACAAAAUAUGUCAGUGAAGAUUCUAAAACAAGCAUGGAGGAUGUUAAUAUUAAUGAUGAAAAUUGCAUGUACAAGGCAGAUAGAGAUACGAAUUUUAAUAUGGAGUCAUCGAAUUCAUCUGAAAGUUGUCAAUCAAUGAAGGACGUAAUGGUUAAGCAAGAAAUAGAACCUGCAUCAAGUCUGGUUUCCAGCACCACAGCUGCAAAUCCCCCAAUAAACUCAACAACUAUAACCCAGAGUAUUAGAGCACCUAGUAAGAAAUCUAAAUCUGGGAAAGAAUCUAACAGAAGCAGAAGUUCCAACAAAAUACCCCCAGGCGCAGUGAAUCUAGAACGCAGCUACCAAAUAUGUCAAGCAGUUAUCCAAAACAGUCCUAACCGAGAUGCUCUGCGCGGUCAGCUGCGGCCGCCGCCUGCGCUACUCACUCGCCCCACGAGGCCUCUGAGACCACCCCCACCUGUCCUUGUUAGGCAGAUACCUGCUGUAAUGCCACAUGCCGAGAUUAAUGAGAAUCGGUCGAACAAUAUGGGACAGUAUAUUCUAGUACAAAGAACACCUAAUGUAGCACCCAGAGCUUCAAGUGCACCUCCAUCAAAUCAAAACACUAAUGUGAAUGUCACUCGAUGCCGGAGCGUGGGCGCAGAUGACGCGUGCGUGUGCAACUUGCGCGCCAUGAUCCUGUGCAAGAAGUGUGGCGCGUUCUGUCACGACGACUGCAUCGGCUCCGCAGAACUCUGCCUCACCUGUCUCAUACGC